AUGGAGAAAAAGAUCUCCGCAGAAGACCACCCGAUUCCCAGCGAGGAUGCCAGUUCUGGCUCCGUCGAGGCAUAUGGCGAAACGAAGCGCGGACUUGCUUCGCGCCAUGUGCAAUUGAUGGCUAUUGGAGGGUCUAUUGGAACAGGACUCUUCGUCGGUAUCGGGUCUUACCUUCGGGAUGCCGGACCGCUGUCGUUGUUCUUGGGAUAUCUGGUUUGGGGCGUGCUCUUCAUUUUACCCACUAACUUGAGUGUUGGGGAGAUGUGUGCGUAUCUGCCUAUUAGAGGCUCUAUCUUCGAAUUGGCUGCUCGGUUUAUUGAUCCAGCGUUUGGUUUUGCUAUGGGAUGGGUAUACUUCUAUGGAGGUGUCAUGCUAGUCUGUACCGAAUACGCCGCCGUCGCAACAGUCAUGCAGUACUGGACGACCAGCGUCAAUCCCGCAGUAUGGGUAGCCAUGGCUCUGGUAGUCUGCUCGCUACUAAAUUUCGUCGCGGUCAAAUACUACGGAGAGGCCGAGUUCAUCAUGGCAUCGACGAAGAUCCUACUCCUGAUCGGUCUCGUGCUCCUUACCUUCAUCACAAUGGUCGGCGGUAACCCUAGACAUGAUGUAUAUGGAUUCCGCAAUUGGACCGACGGUGUGAUGUUUGAGUACUAUACGGAUGGCAACACUGGCCGUUUCCUCGGUUUCUUUUCCGUGAUGAUAUAUGCUGCGUUCUCCGUGGCCGGCCCUGACCUGCCGGCUUUGGCAGCAGGAGAGAUUCAGAACCCACGAUACACCAUUCCGCGAGUCGUUAAGAUGACCUUCUGGCGUAUCGUUGGUUUUUACGUCGUCGGCGUGCUCGCCGUCGGGGUUAUCUGCAACCCACGCGAUCCUCGUCUUAUGUCUGCUAUUGACAACGGCGACGCUGGAUCUGCUGCUUCGCCCUGGGUGAUUGGUAUCCAGAAUUUAGGCAUAUCCGGUCUUCCUGAUCUGAUCAACUUCCUCAUCCUUCUCUCCGGCUGGUCCUGCGGGAACGCCUAUGUGUAUAGUUCCAGCCGAACUCUUUACUCCCUGGCUCGUGAUGGCCAAGCCCCGAAGUUCCUCCUCAAGUGCACGGCAUCUGGAAUCCCCAUUUACUGCGUCCUCACCGUGUCACUUCUCUCCUGCAUCACUUUCCUUGUGGCCGGUUCUUCUUCCGUGACCGUGUUCUACUGGUUCGUCGAUCUAACGACCAUCGCCUUUGUCCUUACCUACACAGGCAUGCUCUGCGUCUUCAUUGGUUGGUACCGCGCCUUGAAAGCACAAGGCAUCGAUCGCAAAUCCUUCGUUCCCUGGGCAUCUCCUUUCCAGCCAUACUUUGCCAGCUUUGCGAUCGGCAUUGGUACCCUCACGGCCAUCUUCAACGGAUUUUCGGUGUUCAAGCCCUUCAGCGUCCAGGGCUUCGUUACAUCUUAUUUCGGCCUUGCCUUUUGGGCCGUGAUGUUCGUGUUCUGGAAAGUGUAUCACCGGACCAAAUUCGUGAAUCCUGCUCAGGCGGAUUUGUACUCGGGUAAAGCCGAGGUGGACGAGGAAUGUAAGCACUGGGAAGAUGGCGGAUGGGAGGAGCGUCGAAAGGCUGAAUUGGCGCAGAUGAGCUUUGUGCGACGAGUCUGGGAGAGGAUGUGGUGA